AUGGGCUCAAUUCGGCGCACAAUCACGGAGAUCAGCUCAGAGGAGAUCCGGGCGCCAUCGUAUGGGCAGGAAGAGUGGUCGGACGACGUGCUCGAAGACCUCGACCGUCUGGGUGAGGGUGCUGGUGGUGCUGUACACAAAGUGAAGGAUCGUCGAAAUAACUUGAUCAUGGCGCGCAAGACAAUUACAACGCGUGAAACACCAUCUAAACAACUCCUCCGUGAGCUGUCGUUCAUGAAGAAUACCGUCCAUCGGAACAUUUGCCGUUUCUACGGGGCAUACAUUUCGCCAUCGUCAAGCGAGGUGAAAGUCCUGAUGGAGAUAUGCGAAGGUGGCAGCUUGGAAGCGAUUGGAAAACGUAUCAAGGAAAUGGAACGAAGAGUGGGCGAGAAGGUCGCCGGACGUAUAGCAGAAGGGAUUUUCGAGGGGCUUGCAUAUUUACACACAAAGAGGAUUAUUCACCGGGACAUCAAGCCAUCAAACAUUCUCCUCACUAAAGAAGGCGUUGUGAAGUUAGUUGAUUUUGGAGUGUCUGGAGAGCUGGUUGACUCCUUGGCGGGCACGUUCACUGGGACAAGUUUCUAUAUGGCGCCUGAACGAAUAAGUGGGCAGGCCUAUUCUAUCCGAUCCGAUGUCUGGUCAGCUGGCCUUACGCUAUUGGAGCUGGUCACCAAUAAAUUUCCUUUCCCUCAUGAAAUUGGACCAAUUGACCUUAUCUUCUAUAUUACUCAAAGCGACCCUCCGAGUCUAGAAGAUGAGGAAGAUAUAAAAUGGAGUGACAAAAUGAAACACUUUAUACAAGUAACGUUGACCGUCUCUGCAACCGAACGACCGACUCCAAAGGAAAUGCUGGCUCAUCCGUGGAUUGUCGAAAACAUGAAGAAGGAAGUGAAGAUGGCCACCUGGAUUCGCCAGGUCUGGGGCUGGAAACGGCAGGAUGGGUACAGUGUCCGCUUCGAGCCAUCUUUUAAAUCACGCUUACCGUAG